GUUGAGCUGUCCUCUCAAGUUGAGCUGUCCUCUCAAGUUGAGCUGUCCUCUCAAGUUGAGCUGUCCUCUCUAGUUGAGCUGUCUUCCAUAGUUGAGCUGUCCUCUCUAGUUGAGCUGUCCUCUCUAGUUGAGCUGUCCUCUCAAGUUGAGCUGUCCUCUCAAGUUGAGCUGUCCUAUCAUGUUGAGCUGACCUCUCUAGUUGAGCUGUCAUCUCUAGUUGAGCUGUCCUCUCAAGUUGAGCUGUCCUCUCAAGUUGAGCUGUCCUCUCAAGUUGAGCUGUCCUCUCAAGUUGAGCUGUCCUCUCAAGUUGAGCUGCCCUCUCAAGUUGAGCUGCCCUCUCAAGUUGAGCUGCCCUCUGAAGUUGAGCUGCCCUCUCAAGUUGAGCUGCCCUCUCAAGUUGAGAUUUCCUCUCAAGUUGAGCUGUACACUCAAGUUGAGCUGCCCUCUCAAGUUGAGCUGUCCUCUCAAGUUGAGCUGCCCUCUCAAGUUGAGCUGCCCUCUCCAGUUGAGCUGCUCUCUCAAGUUGAGCUGCCCUCUCAAGUUGAGCUGCCCUCUCCAGUUGAGCUGCUCUCUCAAGUUGAGCUGCCCUCUCAAGUUGAGCUGCCCUCUCAAGUUGAGCUGCCCUCUCAAGUUGAGCUGCCCUCUGAAGUUGAGCUGCCCUCUGAAGUUGAGCUGCGCUCGCAAGUUGAGCUGUCCUCUCAAGUUGAGCUGUCCUCUCAAACUGAGCUGUCCUCUCAAGAUGAGCUGUCCUCUCUAGUUGAGCUGUCCUCUCAAGUUGAGCUGUCCUCUCAAGUUGAGCUGUCCUCUCAAGUUGAGCUGUCCUCUCAAGUUGACCUGUCCUCUCAAGUUGAGCUGUCGUCUUAA